GCCAGCGUUUCCAGCGCGAGUGAGUGCAUCUAGCUUGCAUCCCGUUCAUGCACUAAUCAAAACAAGGAUGUGAAGUGUUAUCACAAUGAGCGAUCAUUGUUGAAUGGAAAAGUCUUCGAUGUGCUGCGUAAUAUGUUCCAAAGGGCCUGAGUGUUGUGUGUGUGUUGAGUGUGUCUUUCUAUGUGUGUUGUGUACCGUUCGGUCUCCCUGUUCCGCAUUUUGAGCUAGUGCACGAUCAGUGUAUGAUCCAUGGUUCUCGUUCCUCCAGAAAAGCUUCACCCGUCAGCGAGUGAUUUGAUAGGACACGUUCUUAUCAACUGUCGGCAGUAGUGUUCCGGUAAAGCAGAAUACAUUUGGUUCCGUGGUUCCGUAUCGUCCGACAAACCCGCACAGGGCACCACCAUUCACCAUGGACACCACUGUCGUCGAUCAAAAAGGCAACGCUGGUCUAGCAAUGAAGCUGCCAGGUGCACCAUUAAAUCCACCAAUGAUCGAUUCAACUGAGGAUCCACAUCCGAGCUUGUCCGAUUGGCAUGACUACGAACCGAACCUGGAGUUUGACGACACCGAAUUGUCCCACCCAUCGCCAGAACCGGGAACGACAACCGUGUUCGAUGAUAUCAACUAUUCCGCCGAGUUUGAAAUCCCGUCAGAGGACGAAAUCAUCAAAACCACUCUCGAGGCGGACAACUACGAGGAACAGCUAACGAUGGUUGGGCACGACGAGAACGCCAUCCGGAAGGAUUUCAAGCGGCGAAAAUUCAUCGAAUUCAUCGGCACGGAUAAGCAGGGCCAACCGAUCAUAGCAAUCUACGCCUGCAGGUUACCGGAACGGAAAGAUCUGAACUCGAAUAUUUUUAUUGAUUUUAUCAUCAAAUCGAUGGAAGAAUUCGUCCAGAAUGACUACAUCAUCGCGUACUUCCACCAGGGCAUGAAGGAUAACAGCAAACCAGCGCUCCAGUUCCUGUGGAAUUCCUACAAAGAGCUCGAUCGAAGCUUUAAGAAGAAUUUAAAGAAACUUUACGUGGUCCAUCCAACCACAUUCAUCAGAAUGGUUUGGUUCUUCUUCAAACCGAUCAUCAGUGAAAAGUUCAAGAGCAAACUUAUCUACACAAGCAGUCUGGACGAGCUGAAGCAAUCGCUCGGGCUGAAGACGCUGAAGGUGCCGGAUCCGGUGCGAGAAUUCGACGAAAAGAUCAACAACGGCACCCGGUACACGCUGCGGGGCAGUAAAUCUAGUCUGAAGAGCAGCCGGUCACUCGAGAACCUGCCCAAGUCGGCACAGUUCGGUGUGUCGCUGCGGUUCAUCAUCGAAAAUAGCGCCUGCCUCAACUGUAUACCGCCGAUCGUGCGAAAGUGCGUCGACCAUCUGUCACUGCCGGACGUGGUCGAAACGGAAGGUAUUUUCCGCCGGUCCGGUAACUACGCACGAAUAAAAGAGCUCCGCGCCAAGAUCAACGCCGGCGAGGAGGUGCAACUAUCCAACGAAGACACACACGUCGUCGCCUCGCUGCUGAAAACGUUCCUGCGCGAGCUCGAAGAACCGCUGCUCACCUACGAGCUGUACGAAGACAUCACCCAAUUUAGCGAGUGGAAAACGGAGGAGCAACGGUCACGCAACGUGAAGCAACUGUUGCGCGAGCGGCUACCCGAGGAAAACUACGAGCUGUUCAAGUACAUCGUCGAGUUUCUGGGCAAAAUAAUGGAGCGCAAAGAUUUCAACAAAAUGACCUCCUCCAAUCUGGCGAUCGUGUUCGGCCCGAACCUGAUCUGGCCAAAGCAGGAACAGAUGUCGCUGGACGAGAUUGGCCCGAUCAAUGCGUUCAUUGACUACGUGCUGCAGCACCAGGACGACAUCUACUUUGUGGAUAUCAACAAAAAGGAUCGGGGUGCGUACGAUUAACAGCGGCUGAUCUAAGACGGUUCUCACGGGGAACCAUCUUAUGGCGGACGUGGCGAAAACGCCAAAAAAAAACACACACACACAAACACACAAACACUGGAACGGAAACAUUCUAUUUCACAAGCGAUAAGUACCAAGUAUAUCAUAGCUGUUUUUUUGUGUAGCGGGGUGUGGCGUUGUGAGUGAGCAUCUUGCGCUCGCAGAGGAGCCACUCCCCAGCCAAUUUAUCUAGUGUUGGUCAAGUAAUAAGUAGUGUUAGCAGAAUGUGUUAGCUUUAAGGGAUUCUUGAGCGGAAGAAUGAGACUGUGUAUAGGCGAGAUUGUGUUUGAUAUAGUUGUAGCGCAAAAUGGGACACGAGGAAGCAGCAAAUCAGGGAGCGAUCGUUUGGAAAGGCACGAAACUAAAGGGAAGCUGCUUGGUGUAUAGGUGGAUUCCUUUUCGUUCUCUUUCUUUUCCUUCCAUUUGUUCUAGUUGUGUAAGCGUGUAAGAUGAUUUUAAAUGCAAUUGAAACAGAGAGUGUAAUACAGUUAGGUAGCUAGUGUGUAAUGGGGUUCGGUUGGAAUUGAGGUUACGCAGUGGAAAAGGGCAGAACGCAGAUGGACCGAUCUGGGUCUGCUGGUCCGCUGUGGUAUUUGUGCAAGUUUGUGGUAAGAUGAUGGUAACAUGUAUAAAGUAGCACCGUUGGUAGGCGUAUAUUGGCAAGAGAGAUAGUCAGAGAAAUAUGAAUUGUUGAUCAUUUAUUAUUAUUAUUAUUUUUUUAGCGCAAUAAAU